GUGAUGGAAGAGGUGGCUGUUAUUGUUCGGGGUUGAAAACAAGCCAACGGCCCUUUAAACAUCGCCCAAUCCCUCCUGUCAGCGAGACAUACCACCCGCCCCCCGAUAUAACAUUAAGAUCCGGUGGUAUCUUCCCCACCGUCUGAAACCCAGGAUACAGAAAGAGGCACCCCGGCUCCUUCCACCCGGGACGGAUCGGCACCCGACCAUCUAUACCCGGGACACAGCAGCUCCCGGGCUCCUGUACCCGGGGCACAGCGGCCCCCGGGUCCCUUUACCCGGGGCACAGCGGCAGCCGGCUCCUCCAACAGGACAGCCGGGCCUGGAACCACCCGCCUCCUCGCCUGCAGCCGGGCCAAUGCUCGAUCUGGAAGUGGUACCCGAGCGGUCUCUGGGGAACGAACGAUGGGAAUUCGCUUUAGGAAUGCCAUUGGCUCAGGGUGUUGCUAUUCUCCAAAAGCACUGUCGCGUCAUAAAAAAUGUGCAGGUUCUCUACAGCGAACAGUCACCACUCAGCCAUGACCUCAUCCUUAAUCUGACUCAGGACGGAAUCAAACUACUUUUCGAUGCUUAUAAUCAGAGAUUAAAGGUCAUUGAAGUUUAUGACUUGAGUAAAGUUAAAUUGAAAUACUGUGGUGUACACUUCAACUCUCAGGCUAUAGCUCCAACUAUAGAGCAGAUUGACCAGUCAUUUGGAGCAACUCACCCCGGAGUGUACAAUGCCGCUGAACAACUUUUUCAUCUCAAUUUCCGAGGGCUUUCCUUUUCCUUUCAACUGGACUCCUGGAAAGAAGCACCAAAAUUUGAGCCCAAAUUUGCACAUGGCCUGGCUUCCCUGCAGAUUCCCCAUGGUGCUACCGUGAAACGCAUGUACAUAUACACUGCAAAUAGUCUACAGGACACAAAAGCUCCCAUGAUGCCACUGAGUUGUUUCUAUGGUAACGUGUAUGCAGAGACUGUUGAAGUAUUGAGAGAUGCCAUGGGACCUCUGGGUCUCCGGCUGCGACUACUGACAGCAGGUUGUGGCCCUGGGGUAUUGGCUGAUACAAAGAUGCAUACAUUUGAGCGCUGUGUGUAUUUUGGGGAUUCUUGCCAGGAUGUGCUGAGUGCUCUGGGAUCUCCACACAAAGUCUUUUACAAGUCAGAGGACAAGAUGAAGAUCCACUCUCCCUCCCCUCACAAGCAGGUUCCUUCCAAGUGCAAUGACUACUUUUUCAACUACUUUACUCUGGGAGUGGAUGUUCUGUUUGACGCCACCACACAUCAGGUGAAGAAAUUUGUCCUUCACACCAACUACCCAGGUCAUUACAACUUCAAUAUAUACCAUCGCUGUGAUUUCAAGAUCCCACUUGCAGUUAAACGAGACAGCAGUGCUGAUGCACACGCAAGAACGUGUACUGUAACCACAUACAGCAAGUGGGAUGCCAUUCAGGAGUUGCUUGGGCACCCCAUGGAGAAGCCAGUGGUUCUUCACAGAUCCUCUUCAGCAAACAACACAAAUCCUUUUGGAUCAACUUUCUGCUUCGGACUGCAGCGCAUGAUCUUUGAGGUCAUGCAGAACAAUCACAUAGCAUCAGUAACACUUUAUGGCCCUCCCAGGCUCAGCAGCCAAUCUCGAACCACAGAGCUGACCCAGUGAACCAACCAGGACUCUACCGGUUUAGUACAGUGUGCCUUGAUUUGCUGCCACAAUUGUACAGAACAGCACGAUCCAAUCUAUGCUGCGCCCUGGCCUCGUUUGGAUAGAGGAGGGGUUCUGGUUUGUCGCUGACCUCAUCGCUGGUGAUGGCCCUGGUGAUGGGGUAUGCAGCUCUAUGCUUGCAUUAUGCCAGUUUCUCUCCUCAGUUGUACAGUGCAGACCAGCUGGGCUCUGCCCUGUCUUGAGCCUGUAGAAGUAGAGGAGGCAGGCAAUGGAGCUGCAGACACAAGAAGCACAAGUUGUAUGAGCCUUGUAUGGGCAGUGUUUCAGGUUUCUGUUAAUAGGUGUUCCUGUAGUGUUGUGGUACUCCAUACACUCAUAUUUCUGUGUCCCAGCACAGUAUGCAGAGACAGUUUGUUCGUGUGUUCAGGCACAGCCUAUCUCUGCAGCUUAGACAGUAGUACGUUUUUAUAGAAAUGGUUAUAUCAUUUGCACUACAUACACUUUAAUUACUUGAUUAAUGUGUUUUAUCCACUGAGGAGUGUCAGGGUAUAGUGCCAGCUAAUUGGGUGAGACUGGGGUGUGGAGAGAAGUCCAGUCCAUGCACACAGCCGGUCCCGCUGCUCGGUGGGGGAAGGGGGAGUGAAGAUUUAUUCGCUUCACCGCACUCUUUUGGGUUGAAAUGCAAUCCUCUCUGCCAUGUCUUGAAUUGCAUGUUAUUAAUUUGAUGCCAAAGACAUAUCUUCAACAUGCUUAGUUUCCUCAUUUCUCUCAGCGCUAUUUCAUAUGACAGGACUGCGCGUCCUCAACAGCAUCGCUGGCCAUUGGCAGAUUUUUGUCAGUCAGCAGGGGAGAUUGCACACGGCACAUAUGCAGUGCUGCUCUUUGCAGUAUUCUCAAGAGGUCUGUUCAUUCAUAGGAAGAUGUGAAGGUACUUGGGCUGUUCCCUCAUCAAUAUAUUGAGAGCUUAGUGCUUUUCUUUUUUUUUAAUCAACUAAAACUCUUUUAGCCAUGCCUCAUUUUUACAUCAAACAUUGUAGCAACUUGUAAUUAAUAGAAAAAUUUUGUGUGUUUACACUGUGUGUACAAAUCUGUAAAUAAUGCAUUUUGUAAUUUUAACAAAAUGUACAGGGAGUGCCUGUAUAGUUUAAUGCUGAACAAUGAGAAGGAUGUAUUUUGAAUUGUAAUCAAUGUUUUGACUCUGGACCAGUAGCAGGGAUGUGUGAUGUGUGUUAUGGUGACACUUGCAUUCUGUCUUCCUGUAAACUGUGAGAUUCCAGACUGUUGUACCCAACACAUGUGGAUGUUGUUUAAAAACUAUGUUACAGUUUACUUUUGAAGCUGAAAGCUGUUCUCUUGUAGCUGUUGAUCCUUAACUAAACUUGCUUAGUUUAGUGCUUUUUCCUGUGCCCUUUGCUUACCAUGGGAACUAUUUGUGCCUCUUCAUUCAUUCUUUUUCUUUCUGCACAGUCCUCUGACCUUUAUUUAAAAAAAAUACAAAAAGGAAAAAAAAAAUGCACAUUAAGAGCAUGUAUUCUGCAACACAAAUAAAACUGACUCCAGUUCACAGUU